GUCAAUAUGGCUUUUGUCUGCUAAGGAUAGUUUGCUUUGUAACAGCCCGUCUUCGUGUCCGUGAUGGCUCGGUGUGUCCAGUCUGUGCAGGAGUUCAUCCAGGACUCGUUUGUGCCGAAGGUGGCCGUGUUAUGCAGCGAAGACGCGGAGAAAGUGACUCGCAAAAACAACCUGAAUUUCGCCGAGUUGCUCAGGCCCUUCUGCCGGCUAACAUCCGAAGGACACCUACGAGACCCCAACAACCAGCUACAGCCAGUGAAGAAUAUACGCAUCAGUAUCAACAAUAUAGUCACGUACCCGUCUCCUGCCUCUGGUACCCUCAGCUCUGCCCAGCGUAGACUGCUUAGCGAAGUGGUGUUAUCGUGCCAGCCAUCAGAAGGGGGCGGGGCCAACGUGAUCACAGCAGGAGACUAUGACCUUAGCUUCAAUGCAACCACGCCUUGGUUCGAAGCCUACAGGGAGAGCUUCCUGCAGUCAAUGUCUGCGUCCGACCACGAGUUCCUCAAUCACUACCUCGCAUGUCUGCUGGUGGUGUCUUCUGGUGAGGCGGUGCCAGUAGACCAGUUCCUCAAGUUGUCCCAGGAGCAGCACAGGAUUCAGCACAGUGGAGAGUAUACAAGCCCUAAGUGGUUCAUCCCCAAUACGCUCAAAUAUUAUGUCUUACUGCAUGAUAUGAGCGAGGGUGAUGAGCAGAGGGCAGACACUGUGUAUGAGGAUAUGAAGCAGAGGUAUGGUGCUCAGGGCUGCUACCUGCUGAAACUGAACUCUCAUACCAUCAUAGCUGGGGCAGAUGAGCAGAUCCCAGAUCCCUGGAGUCAGUACCUGCAAAAAAACAACCUACACAGCCAGGACUCGGUUGAGGAGCCUGCUCCAGCAGUGGUGAACAGGGCUGCCAUUGAAAAUAAUGUCGAUGCAGUUGAAGUGGUUUGGCACGAUUCAGCUGAGAAAGCAGAUGGCGUACUCAACUGUCUGGACAGGCAUCCCCUUCAGUUGGACACGUCAAGUGAUCCAGGGAACCUAGACACCCUCAGGAUUAUGACAUCUGAACAGAAGAAAAGCACCGAGGGUCAAGCUGGAGCAGCAACAACCCAUGGCGCCUGUUUGACCCUCAGUGACCAUGACCGUAUUAGACAGUUCGUCCAGGAGUUCACCUUCAGGGGCCUGCUACCACACAUAGAGAAAAACAUUCGACAGCUUAAUGACCAGUUGGUGUCCAGGAAAGGUCUGAGCCGAUCUCUGUUCUCGGCUACCAAGAAAUGGUUUGGCGGCGGCAAAGUUCCAGAGAAGAGCAUCAGUGAAUUUAAAGGCACAACUGGCCUUCUCUAUCCCCAGGAAGCUCCAGAGCUGCAGAUCAGGAAGAUGGCAGACCUUUGUUUCCUGGUGCAACAUUAUGAGCUAGCCUACAGCUGCUACCACACUGCUAAAAAGGACUUCCUGUCUGACCAGGCCAUGCUGUAUGCUGCAGGAGCACUGGAAAUGGCUGCAGUCUCGUCAUUCCUUCAAGCCGGAGCUCCACGGCCAUACCCAGCACACUAUAUGGAGACGGCGAUACAGACCUACAGAGAUAUCUGCAAGAACAUGGUGCUGGCAGAGCGCUGUGCUCUGCUUAGUGCAGAGGUGCUGAAGAGUCAGUGCAAAUACUCAGAUGCUGCAGCUCUCCUCAUCAAGAUGACCAGUGAGGACUCAGACCUUCGCAGUGCUCUGCUGUUGGAGCAGGCAGCCCACUGUUUCAUCAACAUGCGAAACCCCAUGGUGCGCAAGUUUGCUUUCCAUAUGAUACUGGCUGGCCAUCGUUUCAGCAAAGCAGGACAGAAGAGGCAUGCAUUGCGGUGUUAUUGCCAGGCCUUGCAGGUGUAUAAAGGCAAGGGGUGGUCUUUGGCAGAGGACCAUAUAAAUUUUACUAUUGGCCGUCAGUCCUUCACACUCAUGCAGCCGGAGAAUGCUGCAUCGGCUUUCAGGGAAAUCCUGACCAACAACAGCCAACAGACAGCCACACAACAGGGGGCCUUCCUCAGAGAGUUCCUCUAUGUUUAUAAGAGUGUGAUGGCAGGAAGUGAGGUGCAGCUACCUGAGCUACCCCUGCCGUGCAUCCACAGCUCAGCCAUACGCAUCUAUUUUGGGCAUGAGCGCCGUCUUGCAGAGGGUGAAAAGCAGGCAGCCACUCAUGUGUCACUGGACCAGGAGUAUGACCCAGAACUAGCUGCCUUGUGGUGCCACCUGGAAGAGCAAGUCGUCGCUGCGGCCAACGGGGGCGUUGUCCCAGUGACGUUCCAGCCCACCCAGUGCUGCCUGAACAGCCAGACUGACAACCUCUCCUCCCCCUUGGCCGUGGUGGAAGAGCCAAUCAUAGUGGAAGUGGUUUUCCGAAACCCUCUGAAAGUUCCUCUGGUUCUUUCUGACCUCUACCUACUCUGGAGAUUUACCCCAAAGCACCCCUCCCAGCUGCUGGACAACCCCACAGCGGAGCCUGAAGCAGAAGUUAUUACCAAUGAGAGGGAUAUGUUGACUUCAGGUGUGACAAAGAAGGAUGAUGUCAUCAGCACUGAAGUGAUCCCAGAGUUCUUCAUGAGCACAGAGGAGACUAAAGCUGCUCGCCUGAAGCUGCUGCCUCGUUUGACCGGCCAGCUCAACAUCCUGGGUGUGGCUUACAGUCUGGCCGCCUUCCCCUUGACAGAGGUGGCAUCUGGCACGGAGGGGCAUCAGACAGUGGAAUCAUUAAUGGUUAGUGGCAAACAGAACCUGGAGAUCCGGGGUCCACGGCUUAAUCACACCAAAGAAGAUAAGACGUUGGUUCGCCAUGGCCUUGACAGGCGUCUGAAUCCCAUCAUAACACCAGCUAUGCCCUUGAUGGAGGUCUUCUUCCUGCAGUUCCCCACUGCUCUGCUGUGCGGUGAGAUCAGAAAAGCAUACGUGGAGUUCAGCAACGUCAGCAGUGUUUCACUGUGUGGCCUGCGGGUGGUUUCCACACACCCAGAUUUCUUCACCUUUGGUGGGAUGCCGACCACUCCCCACACACCCUUCAGCUCGGCUGUAGCCGAGAACUGCUCCGCUUACAAAACACAAGCCACUUCCCCUCUGACCCAGCCGAGCUCCGCAGCGUCGGUCAUGCUGGUGUCCCCACAAGAGUUCUGCCAGACAUCUGGUGUGGUGUACAUUCCCGUGGAGGGGGGGACACUGCAGCCAGGACAGUCCACACAGCUGCCGCUCUGGCUGAGAGGACCAGACCAGGAAGGAGUACAUGAGAUCAAUUUCCUCUUCUAUUACGAGAGCGCCGAAAAAGGAGGCAAAAAAAGUCACAGGGUGUUGCGUCACACUGUGUUCAUCUGUGCAAGUCGGUCACUGAGUGUGUGUGCGACAGCAUGCCGUAGCAAUAUCCCACCAGCGGAGAGCAGGGAAGAGGAAACGAACAACAUGCUGGUCUUUCUCGAUGUGGAGAACAUCAACACAAGUGAAGCUGGUGUGCGUGAGUUCCACAUCGUUCAGGUGUCCAGCAUGAGUAGACACUGGCAGCUCCAGAAGUGUAUCAACCCAGCCAAAGAUAAAGAGUACAAACUCACGAGCAGAGAAAGAACCAAGCUGUGCUUCAGAGCCACGCGGUGUAAACCCAGCCAAGCCCCCUCUCAUGCUGUAGAGAAAUACAUUUUUGCAGACCUUAACCUGGGUAAUGAACGGAUCAUCAGUUCCACAACUCCAUGUGGAGACUUUUUCUUGCGUUGUUGUCAAACCCCAGAGUCAUCGCGAGACAGCGUGGCGGCAGCUGGGACCUUACCACAGUCCAGGAGUCAUGGACACCUCCCAGCUACAGACCGGACCAGUGACAUUGCAAACAUAAUUAAGAAAUGUAAUGAAGUGGACCUUGACAUCGUUGUGCUUUGGAAGGCCUUUGUUGUUGAGGACAACAAGCAAUUGAUUUUAGAGGGCCAGUUCCAUGUGGCACUGCAGACCAUUGGCAAGGAGACCUACUCCCUAACUCACAGAGAGGAGGCCCAAGAAAUGGUACUGCUCAAGUUCAAGUCGGAGUUGACCCCUCCAGUGAUCCAACCAUCUGUAGACCAACUGUCCAACCUCGUGACAACCAACCUUCACUAUCCUGAAACGUACAGUCACCCAUUUAUGCUGGAAAGACUCUGCGUGGUGCCCGUCACUCUUACUCUGUCCAACUGCUCCUUGGCUCAAGUUGAUGUCAUCAUUGACCUAGGACACAAAAUCAUUAGUUCUGAGUCUGUUGUGGUCCACAGCUCGUUCACUUGGCUAGGCCAGAGCCAGUACAAGCUGCAGCUUAAGGUUCAGGAAGUGUUGCACCUGCCGCUGCAAGCCUGCUUUCUGCACACGGGGGUGUUCAACCUGAGCAUACCCUGCAUCUUGGCCAAGCCAACUCACCAAGGCACCAUAUAUGAGACGAGUCAACAGACGGCCAGUCCAGCGCUCAUUAUCAUCAACAACAUCUCAGCCUGAGAAGCCUCUCGUCCUGAACAUCAGGACCACAUGAAGACCCACAGCAAUUAAACAUCCGACAGACAUGAGAACUCAUGAGGACAUUAUAGCCACUGUGUAUGAACCAGGUUUGCACCUUUAAUGGAUGGCUGUUGACUGGGCCUUGCUGCACAUUUCCUUAUACUGGAACUCUGCUCUUCUCACUAUAAACACCCCACACCACAAGGCAGGGAAGCCAGCAGCUUUGUACCUGAUAAUGAGGUGGAAAGAGACCAAUGUAAAGACUUGCAUUUGGAAAAAACAAAACUUGACUCUUGAAGAAGGUCACUUGAGGUAGUAGAUGUAGUGGUAUGAUGAUGAUGAUGAUUAACGGACAUCUAGUAUUAGGCCUCUGCAGCUAAACAUCGUUUCAUUGGAGCAGCAUUUUUUCUAUACAUGGCUCUGAUAGUGGAGGUCUCCACGUCACCAGCCUCCAACCUGCUCUUCUCAUCUCCUAUCUAAAUGUUAUCUCACCCACACCUUCUGGACCUCACAUUUCCUCCUGUGGUGGUGUUUACCACACGACAGACUGUAUUUUCCUUUUCUAGUGCCGGGAUAAACAUGAACAGUUUAUUUCCUGCCACACUUCACUUUCAGAUAGGACUUCACCUCCAGCCCUUGCCAGUCGGGCCCUUCGCAGGUGGACUGGUGAAGCCUGACUGACUCUGUCCAACUGAUCCUUGAUACUUCCCACUGACGUGUCUGUUGUUGUCUUUCUGCCUCACUGUUGGCAUGUCCAGUAGACUACGGUGUCCUGACAUGCACUCAUCCAAUUUUCUACAAACUGAGCACAAUGGUCUCUCUGGACUCCACCCCCACAAACUACUACCCACCCACGUUUGAUCUCUAUCUUGUGAUGAAGCUGUUCUAUGUAUUACUAAAUGGAUUUUCUCAAAACCACGUGUUAUAUUCCUAUCACUAAUUGAGUGUAAAUAGUAAAUAAAUAUGUAACCAAUGACAUGCUUUAAGAUGU